AAAAAAAAAUGUAGCCUACUAAAUAGUCUUUUUUUUUUUUUGUGUGUGUAAAUGUCAAAAAACAACCUGAACGAGUUUCUGUGGCUCAGUGUGGCUGAGAGAGGCUGCUGAGCUGCACAGUGGGCAGAGAGAGACAGAGGAGGCAGCCAGGAAAGGAAGCACGACUCGCUUAUCGCGUCAUUCUGGGUUUAGGCGUUGAGCAGGAAACAGCCUUUCCUCUCGGAUUGUCGCAGUAGGAACAAACACACAUUUUUGUCUUUGCUCAAUGCACCCCUCGGCACAGAACACGCGGAAGCCGGUCAGAAGGAAAAAUGCCUCCUUCAGUGGAGAUAGCUGUUCUGCUCCUCGGCGUCCUGACUUUGGAGACGCGCCGGAGUGCGAGCGCGCUACACAUCCAACAAGCGUUCGCGUCUCCAAACCAGACCAAUAACUUUGUGGUGGACCCUGUUUCCAGAAAGGUCUACCUGGCCACCGUCAAUACGGUCUAUCAGCUGAAUGGGACCUUGAGCAUAGAGGUGGAGAAGAGGACCGGGCCGGUGGAAGACAACCUGUUGUGCCAUGCGCCACAGCUGCCCCAGGCUCCGUGCGAGCAUCCCAAAUCCCUCACCGACAACUACAACAAGCUGCUGAAGCUGGACCGGGAGCAGGGUGUCGUGUUGGUGUGCGGAUCUGUGUACCAAGGCUUCUGUGAGCUUCGGAAAAUUGACAAUAUUUCUGAGAUAGCAGUGGAGUUCCCACCCCAGGGCGAGAAGACUGUUUUCCCAAGCAUGCUCAAUAUUGCUGCCAAUCACCCAAACGCAUCCACAGUGGGUCUCAUCUUCAAAAGCCACGGGGGAAACACCCGGCUGCUGGUCGGGGCCACUUACACAGGGGCUGGCACCCAGUUUUUCCCCAAGAACCACAGCAAGGAGGACCUGCGCUUUGAAAACACCCCGGAGAUCGCCAUCCGCUCUAACAUCAAGGAUUUAUCAAGACUUUUCACCUAUGACAUUAACCCUUCAGAGGAUAACGUGUUCAAGAUCAAACAGGAGGUUAAAACCAAAAACAAGCUGAACUUCGUGCACGCUUUUAUUCAAAAGACGUACUCUUACAUCGCCUUUAAUAAUGAUGCCAAAAUGGGCCACAAGGAGAGUCUGCCCAACAGCAUCCUCGCCAGGAUCUGUCUGGAUAACGAGAACCCCCGAAAACCCACCGGGCCUGAGAGCAGGAAGCUUACCGAGUCCUACAUCCAGAUGCCCUUACAGUGUGGAUUUAACGGGAACAUUUACAACCGGCUGCUGUCUGUUUACCCCGUGGACAUCCAGACAGAUGACGGGAGGGGCUCGGAGCCCUACCUGUUUGGGGUGUUUUCCAAGGCGGACAGAAAGUCUGCUCUGUGUGCAUUCAAGUUUGGAGAUAUUGAAGAAGAGAUCCGGCAAGGCCGCAGGAACUGCUCCAGCUCCCCCAGCUCCCCCAGCAGUGAUGUGCAGGUGCUGGACAGCGUCAUUCAGGGCUCCGGGGCCAUCUGCAUUCACAAGGGAAAUCUAGUGCUCCAGCCUGAGCAGCUAGACUGCGGCGCGGCCCACCUACAGCACCCUCUGGCUCUACGGAGGUCUCUAAGGGCUAUUCCUCUGGUUGAAUACCCAGGUCUGACUUCGGUCUCUGUGGACUACGUACAAAACCACACUGUGGUGUUUCUGGGAACCAGUAACGGACGACUUCGUAAGCUGACCCUCUUUGCGAACAUGACCUUGGCCAAUCAGUGGACGCUGAAGCUGCGAGGCGGUGAGGCCGUCCACCACAUCAUGACCUUCGAUCCCAGCGACAGAAACUUCCUGUAUCUCAUGACCUCUCACCAUAUGCUCAGGGUAAAGGUGGCAGAGUGUGACCAGUGGAGGGACUGCGGUGACUGUUUGGGAGCAGGCGACGCCCACUGUGGCUGGUGCACUCUGGAGAAUCGAUGUACCAUCCAAAAGGAGUGUGCUCAGGGACUGCUCGCACGUUCCUGGAUCAGCAUGGGUGAAGGCCCACAACAGUGUCCGUCCAUGACCCUGACACCCCCGGAGAUCAGCAUUUCUGCAGACAUCAAGGAUGUCGGCAUUCUGAUAAAUGGGAGUGUCCCUGAUCUGGUCGGCUCCCGGGUGCAGUGUGAAUAUGCGCCUGGCAUUUCAACAGAUGCCACAGUGCACCUGGACUACGGGCCCGCCCAAAUCCAGACCUGCCCCCUCCUCCCUCGAGAAAACUACCAACCCAUCCUCCCCGGCACAGAUCAUCUGACUGUUUCUGUGGCGAUAAAAGUGAAUGGUACAUCUGUGGUAUCUGGGAGUUUCAUCAUCUACGACUGUGAGAGGACCGGAGCAAUACACCCCAAGACUUCAUGUCUGAGCUGCCUGAGCACCAGGUGGAAGUGUUAUUGGGACCAAGAGAACCACCUUUGUGUUUCCAAUAAAGAUGAGUCAAAGCCAAACCUGCUGGAGAAUGCAGCUUCCUGUCCCAGCCUGGUCCCCUCAGAGGUUCCUCCAUCACCAUCAGGAAUGGCUCAGGAUUUCACUUUGUCCCUCAGCAACAUCCAGGAGGGGGAGAAGCUGGAGUGUGACUUUGGGAGAGAGCAGCGAUAUGAGGCCAUGUGGCUCAACAGCUCAACUGUCAAGUGUAGUGGAGUAACACUGUCUACUUACCAGAGGAGUCAGAUUUACCAACUCAACCUGAGGAGGAAAGGAUACUUCAGUGGACAUGGGGAGAAUAUAUUUGUCGACAGCCCUCAGCCCAUGAGAGUGGAAGUGUACAACUGUAGGGUUGGGAGUUCGGACUGUUCCCAGUGCUGGGGCCGGGAGGACCAGGGCCACCUCUGUGGCUGGUGUGAAAACAUCUGUAAGCCAAGGGAUGACUGCCAGCCCAUCAGGGAUCAAUGUCCGGCUCCUGAGAUCCACAAGAUCUCUCCACAGAGGGGUCCAGUGGAGGGAGGCACCCUGCUGACAAUACAGGGCAAGAACCUGGGCCGGAGGGCUGGAGCCGUAAAGGUCUCUAUUGGAGAUACGGCAUGUGCCAUCGUGCCUGAGUUCUACACCGUCUCCGUAGAGCUGCUUUGUGUCACUGGGCCGUCCUCUCAGGAAAGGACAGAUAUUGUCCAAGUGGAUGUGGAUCAGAGUGGGAUGGGGACGUCUAAGGAGACCUUCUCAUACUUAGUCCCAAAGCUGCUCUCCAUGGAGCCGAGGAAAGGAUCUCGUGCUGGAGGGACUAGAGUGACAAUCAUGGGGGAAAACCUGGACAUUGGCUCUCAGAUCAGAGUCAUGAUCAACAACACGCUGCAAUGUCUCAUCACAGAAAAAACAGAUGAGACCAUUGACUGCACCAUGCCUCCAGCCUUGCAGCCACACACUGAGUCAGUGGCAGUGUGUGUGGAGUUUGAAAACCUUCCCUGUCAAAGUGUCGAGCUCAGCACCACCUACACCUAUGAGAAGAACCCCACUAUCAGCUUCAUCCACCCCAAAAAGAGCUUCCUCAGUGGUGGCAGGACCAUCACAGUGACAGGCCAGGGUUUUGAUCUGGUUCAGAGUGUCUCCAUGCAGGUGCUGGGAAUUGGACAAACACACUGCACAGUGGUCUCUCCCUCCAUGAUCACCUGCCCAUCUCACGCCUCCAGCCAGUCCCAGGAGACCUCAGUGCAGUUCUUUUUGAACGGAGUCCCCUACACGGGCGACAGUCCCACCUCCUUCGACAGCGAGGCAGACGAAGAGGAAGGGGAGCCUCAUAAAGAUCACUUCAUAUUGGAGUACGUGGAGGACCCUCAGUUCUUCACUGCCAACAAGGAAAAGCUGAUUAAGCACCACCCAGGAGAGCCACUGACGCUCAUCAUCAACAAAGGGCCGAGCGACCUGGAACUAAUGCCGGAGGAAUACUCGGUGAUGGUUGGCUCCUAUCCCUGUAACAUCAGCUUCCACAAUGACCAGCUGUUCCAUUGCACCAUCAACGGACUGCUCAGCGCUAGUGAGAGAGAGAUGCCUGUCACUGUGCAAGUUGGGAACUUUCGUCACACCAUUGCCAAAGUGCAGCUGGGCGGCAGCGAGCUGGCCAUCGUGGUGUCCAUCGUGGUGUGCUGCGUGCUGCUGCUGCUGUGCACUGUGGCCCUUGUAGUGUACUGCACAAAGAGCCGAAGGGCGGAACGCUACUGGCAGAAAACUCUUCUCCAAAUGGAAGAGAUGGAGUCCCAAAUCAGAGAGGAGAUCCGCAAAGGCUUUGCAGAGCUGCAGACAGACAUGACAGACCUGACCAAGGAGCUGAACCGCAGCCAGGGCAUUCCCUUUUUGGAGUACAAACAGUUUGUAACACGCACGUUCUUCCCCAAGAUGUUUUCCGAUUACGAGAAGAGUCUGGUCCAGCCCGCCUACGAGAAUGAUCCUCUGGGCCCUCGAGCGCUGCCAGAGACCCAUCCGCUGCUGCAGGACUGGAAGGCUAACAACACGACAAGGCCUAACGUAGAGGAGGGCAUCACUCUGUUCUCUACACUGCUCAACAACAAGCAUUUCCUCAUCACGUUUGUCCACGCCUUGGAACAGCAGAAGGACUUUGCUGUACGAGACAGAUGCAGCCUGGCUUCACUGCUCACCAUCGCCCUCCAUGGCAAGCUGGAGUACUACACCAGCAUCAUGAAAGAUCUGCUUGUAGACCUGAUUGAUGCUUCAGCCUCUAAGAAUCCUAAAUUGAUGCUGCGCCGCACUGAGUCUGUUGUGGAGAAGAUGCUGACCAACUGGAUGUCUAUCUGCAUGUACAGCUACCUCAAGGAAACAGUGGGUGAGCCUUUCUUCCUGCUGCUGUGUGCAAUCAAGCAGCAGAUCAACAAGGGCUCCAUAGACGCCAUCACAGGGAAGGCCCGCUACACCCUCAAUGAGGAGUGGCUGCUCCGCGAGAAUGUGGAGGCCAAACCACAGAACAUGAAUGUGUCCUUCCAGGGCUGUGGCAUGGACUCACUGUCGGUCAGGGUCAUGAAUACAGACACAAUCUACCAGGUGAAGGAAAAAAUCCUAGAGGCCUUUUAUAAAAACCUCCCAUUCUCCCAGUGGCCCCGAGCACAGGAUGUAGACCUAGAGUGGUUUGACUCUGGCAGCAACAGUAAGCUUCUGCAGGACCUGGAUAACUCCUCAGUGAUGGAGGAUGGCAGGAAGAAGCUCAACACAGUCUUCCAUUACCAGAUCCCAGAAGGGGCAUCGCUGGCUAUGAGCAUGAAAGACAAGAAAGAGAACACCCUGGGGAGAGUGAAGGAUUUGGAUACGGAGAAGUAUGUACACUUGGUCCUACCUCAUGAUGAGCUAAUGGAGAAUAAGAGGUCACACCGGCAGAGUCACCGCAAGAAAGUCCUGCCUGAAAUCUACCUGACGCGCCUUCUGUCUACAAAGGGAACUCUUCAGAAGUUCUUGGAUGACCUCUUUCAAGCCAUCCUCAGCAUCCCUCCGGAACGCCCCCCUCUGGCUGUCAAAUAUUUCUUUGACUUCUUGGAGGAGCAGGCUGACAAACGGGGCAUCACAGACCCAGACACACUGCACAUCUGGAAAACUAACAGUUUGCCUUUGCGUUUCUGGGUGAACAUCCUGAAGAAUCCUCAGUUUGUGUUUGACAUUGACAAGACAGAUCACAUGGAUGCCUGCCUGUCUGUCAUCGCCCAGGCCUUCAUUGACGCCUGCUCUAUUUCUGACCUGCAGCUUGGCAAGGAUUCCCCUACAAACAAGCUGCUGUAUGCCAAGGAGAUCCCUGAGUAUAAGAAGAGAGUGCAGUGCUACUACAAACAGAUCCAGGAAAUGGCACCUCUCAGCGAGCAGGAGAUGAAUGCUCACCUGGCCGAGGAGUCGCGAAAAUACAGAAAUGAAUUCAACACCCACCUGGCCUUGACAGAAAUCUACAAAUAUGCCAAGAGAUACAGAAGCCAGGUGGUGAGCGCUCUGGAGUCAAACCCUACAGCACGUCGCACUCAGCUGCACCACAAGUUCGAGCAGGUCAUCGCCCUGGUGGAGGACAACAUCUACGAGUGUUGUAGUGAAGCCUGAGCCUGCUGGUGUCUUCUUCUUCUCCUUCUUCUCGCCAUCUCUUUCUCCUGCUGAAAGCUGCCUUUCUCCUCAUUCCUUGGAAUGUCGGCACCACUGAAGAGUAAGCCUUCAUGAGCAUCAUUUAUGUGCCCACAGACUAAAAAAGAAAAACGUGAAAGUGGCAAAGCAAUGGACUUAAACAUGCCUUUAAAACGACAUACAUUCGCAAGGUGUUCCUCCUCUGAUCUGGGAGCGCUUAGAAUUCUUCCAAAAUCUUUCCCAGAGACUUGGACAGUCUGGAUCAGCAAUGCUUUAGAGGGAAGGCUAAGAAGCUUGGAUAUUAAGCUUUUUCUGGAUGUCUUUGCAGUUCCUGGGACCUACAGUAAGCCCUGGUGGCAGUCUUAACACACUGAACCCUUUAUGUUGAGGGAACGAGCCAAUGAUGCACUGUACUGUAUUAUAAUGUCCAUAGCAAUAUUUAUAGAUGUGUUCAAAUUCUUUAGAAGUGACCUGUUAUUCAGGAUGAGUAGGAGGGACCUUGAAAAGCUCCUCCCAUUUCCUAAAGCCUGCAACACUCUCAGGUGUGACCAGUGAAGAUGGGUGACUGGCUCCCAUCGGUGCUUGAACAAUAGGAUCCAAUGUGCUAUGCAGGCUGAUGAUGGGUUGAGGGGGAGUAGAGGGAAGAAUAUAAAAUGACUGAAAUAUAUGAAAUCAGAUGUAAUGUGGUUCACUGGGAAGAGCUACAUCAGUAUAGAAGUGUUGAUCAGUGUGUGCUUGUAAACGAAUGAAUUUCAUGUUGGAUUCUGACCAAUUUAAAAGAGGGAAGUCAACAUAUAUGAGUAAAAAUGUGAGCCCAAUAUAACCUGAGGAGAGACUGUAAUUGUGAUGCCAAAUGACUUGUCAGAGUUUGUGAAAUAAAUUACAGUAUUUAGGAUUUUAAA